GCUCCUGACCUUUACGAAAGAGGAACUCUGCCAGGUAAUCAAUUGGGUCUGUGGGUUGCACCUUGACGACUUCCAGCAUCCCUUCGGUCAGCGCAGGCAACACUGUGUCCAUGAGGAGUUCAAGUCGUGCACGUUCCCGAGCGAUUUUUGCCUGCUGGACGGCCUCAUCUUGGGCAUCCUGCUCACGUGUGCGUUGCGCAGCACGAAGUUCAGCUUCACGAGCUUGUUUCUCCGCAGCACGGAGCUGUUCGCGCACUUCUGCCCCCGUGGGAUGAAAAUUCCGUGGUGCUCGACCACCUUGCUCCAUGUAGCGCUGGAUGGGAACAACAAAGGCCUCAUCCUCGCGGUAUCCGUGCUCGUCCCGCAGAGUCAGCUCCAGAACUUCCACGCCUUCAACAGGGACCGCCUUGGCAUCAGUUGGCUUCUUCGGCUUCUCGAAGAAUGCCUCCAGGGCUUCAAUGUUGGAUUCAAACUCGUCGAAACGCCGAGCGAAUGCGUCUUGGGUGUUCUCCGUGCGCUCGGCCUCAGCUUCUGACAGCGCUUGUGCACGUAUCUCAAGCAGUGCUCGAGGAGCUUGUAGCACGAUCACUCGGUUCGGUACUUCGACAUUCUGUCGGGGCUUCAGACGCGCCAGCAGUGCUUCAAUAUCCACCGCGGGAGCGGCAGCUACCCCAUUAGCAUUCUCGUCUCCAUUUGCUGGUUCACCACCGUCUGCUCCAUCAAUUGGGUUGCUGGCUCCACCAUCUCCAGACUCAUUAGAAUUACCUUCUUCGUCAGCGUUGCUGUCUUUAUUGGGCUCCUGCAUGAAGAUUUGUUUUGCCUGAGUUGCCGAGAUUGGUAGCCCGUCUAGCACGUAUCCCUGGUUACGGCAUGCAGCACUCCGAAGCUUCCAGCGUACCAACGCUAUCAACGCGCUCUGUGGAAGUUGAGUCGUGUUUUCGCCGGAGCUACCAGCAGUUGGAACCCAUUGCUGUAACUCUUCUCGCAAUUUGUGUGUCUCCUCGUCUUGACGUUCAAGUUGGGUGGCGACAUUGGUCUUCUCGGAUGCAAAAAGCUCGUGCAGUAGUGUCGAUGGAGACAGAUAUGGCAGAUAAUAAUCCCUCGCAAGCUUCCGGCUUAGCGAAGUUUUACCCGCUCGAGGUGCGCUGAGAAUGACGGUGCGCAGUGGAUGCAGAUCCAUGGCAUGAAUGAAGUCGUCGACAAAGAAGGCCAGAUUUCCUAGUAGUCCUCGUGAAUAGUGGCGCCAUUCUUCUGGAGCCACCAGCGUAUGCAUCGCCCCAGCGGAUGUAUCGAAGCGCAAGUGGACCUGAAGUGGUGUCACAAGCUCCUCCUCUUCGUCCAAUAGUAGUGCGUCUGCUUCAGCGUCGUCAGCAUUAGCCGAGUCGUCACGGUCGCGUAGACGCCCUGAGGCAAGCAAUGUGCUAACCCCGCGACACACGUCACGAAGCGUUGUGCUACCACUAACUCUAUCCACUGCAAGCAGAUAUUUUUUGGGGGACGGUAACGGUGAGGCUGCCACACGGAAAACUAGCAGCGCCAGAUCAUAGAGACUGAUCAUGGGCAGCAGAUUGCGACCUUGACUGGUAGGCUGAGCUGAUGUGGCGAGACUUGGCACCAGUAGUGGCUGAUCCGGAUGCAACCAUGCCUCGCGAAAGAUCAAUUGCAGUUGGGAUUGAGCACCGCCAUAAAUUAGUCCUGCUCCGACGAUGCAGGUUUCAAGUUCUCCGGUUCGAUGCGCACUCAAGAUCAGCGUUUCAACAGUUUUGAGGUCUGUAUACUUGCGUGCAGGGCGUCGCGACUUGAAGUCGUCCUCAACAUGUCCGGAAUCGGUCCCUGAAGCUGCAAACGGCGAAUUUUUGCUCCACGAGAGCACAGAAGACACUGCAAUAAAGCGUUUGACGCUUUCGCCACCCUCGUCGUCUUUUGCUUCGUCGUCACCUUUAUUUGCAUCACGCUUCUCGAAGACCUUCAGUGUCUCCAUGGCCAGCUUCGGAUCGGCUACCAGCGAGGUGACCACUACUACGUCGGCAUGCUGCACAAGUCGACGCCAUGCUACCGUAUCGGUUUGUAGUGCGACAGGCUCUUUGACAGCUCCAGCGACGUCACUACCCGGAUGGUUCUGCAAUUGGCGUUUGAUCGCGGUCAUUUCGGAUUUCCCACCCCGGGCGGCAGUACCGAUGACUUCAAGACCAGCAUCUUGACAAUUCCGUGCCAACUCCGUCGAUAAGGACGAGCCCAAGUCCGUGAUGAAAACGCGCAUUCUUACCACCAGUGCGUCGUUGCAGCUUGACGAUAUCAAGUGGGUUUUGAGGUGUUGCUGUUACAAGCGAGAGUCCCUCGUGGUGGCGGUUGCAGGCAUUCGGAUAUUUUUGCGUUGAUGGCGUCCGCUACACGUUGCAUAUAAUAGGAUAGAAACGCAAGAAAAUAGUGCUCGGUGACUCAAGAGUUCUAAGACAUCACGCCACGUUGUCGGAUGUACAUGCAGUUGUCGAUAUAGUAAGGUUAAUUCACACCGGUGACAAUGAAAAACGAGCUCGCGCCGCUUUCCACGAACCCGAAGACCAUCUCGUCUUCAUCACAUCCACGACAGCGCAAUGUCGGUAUUCUCGAAGUAAAAAUGAAGCAUCGACUACAAGAAGACCAGAAGGCUGUAGCGGUGGGAGUUUUGUCUCGGUCAGGUAACCCACAGCGCCAUCACUCCAAGAAGCCGCAGCGACUACCAAAGCUUUCUUCUAAAUCGGAGCCAACACUCGACACACGACCGAUUUCUUUCGCGACGGAAAGAGGCCAUGUCAUGUCAGACCUUCAUCUUCCAUCGCCUACACGCUCGGUCAUUGAUCGUCACGUGCAAAUUACUAAACACACCACUCAACUGGCUCAAGAGGCGCUCCCACCAAUAGCAGGAGCUUUCAAGAAGCGUGGGGUGCCUGCUUCAAAGUUCCCCCAGGCCUACGCACGCAACGAGUUGCCUAUCAUGAUCGAAGGUGGCAAGGGUGGCGGGAAGUCUGGGUUACGUUGGACAGCUCCAAUGGAAGAUUUGGAUUUUAAUAAGUACUUCCCCUUGUUUGUGGACGGCAUGCGCGAGAAAACGUUCCCAUUCAGCUUUUUGGCCCGUGAAGGUGCCUUUCAGCUAGCUGCUUUUGCCCAGCGAUACCCUAACAAACUCAUCGACUGUUUGCACCGUGUGAUUCCGGCACUUCGCACAAACUUGGAGACCCGUGACGAUGGAGCAUUGCGAGAUGCGCUGCUAUUGUUACAACAGAUCACGCAGACGGCAGGUGUGGGCCCGUUGCUGGUACCUUAUUACCGGCAAAUGCUGCCAAUUCUGAACCUUUUCAAAAGCAAACGACGAAAUCUCGGGGAUGAGAUCGAUUUUCGACAGCAACGCUCACAAGAUCUCGGCGAGGUGAUCAUGGAAACGCUUGAGAUGCUUGAACGAACAGGAGGCGAUGACGCGUUUAUCAACAUAAAGUAUAUGGUUCCAACGUACGAAAGUGCGUUAAGCUGACAGCGAUAAACUACUAAAACACGGUAG